AUGGCCGACGUACCCACACUCUUGGAGCACAACCUGGGCGACCCGAAGAAGUUGCAGGAGGAGCAGCAGGAACAGGACCACAAGGCGUUGGAAAACAACCCCAACAACGACGCCUUCUGGAACCAGCGCGGGCUGAAGCGGCCCGACGACCUGGACGAGGCCAUCAAGGAGGGCCAACGCAUCCUCCACCACGAGAAGGGCCACACCGGGCAGCCCGUCACCGGCGCGGGCUAUCUGUACAACAAAGCGCACCACGAGAAGACCGUGCCCGACCAGCACCAUCACCGCGACCGCAAGGUGGGCGAACACGUGUGA